AUGGAGGAAUUGGGACAAUACUUUCACGUGGCGGUUGAGGGAAGUGAGGAGAAAGGCAAGGAGAUAUAUGGAGAAAGUGUGUGUGUGUGUGUGUGUGUGUGUGUGUGUGUGUGUGUUACAGAUGCCCUGAUCAGGACGCGGGACGGGCCCGGCGAAGGGGGUAAGCCUGUGGUGAUCCCUAAGGAGAACCAGGACAAGAUGAAGGAGAUGUUUAAGAUCAACCAGUUCAACCUCAUGGCCUCUGAGAUGAUUGCUCUCAAUCGGUCACUGCCUGAUGUCCGCCUGGAAGGGUGCAAAAACAAGUUAUACCCAGAUAAUCUUCCUCGUACCAGUGUGGUGAUUGUAUUUCACAAUGAGGCGUGGAGCACACUGCUGCGAACCGUCCACUCCGUCAUCGACCGCUCUCCACACACACUGCUGGAGGAGAUUGUCCUAGUGGACGAUGCUAGCGAGAGAGAUUUCCUAAAGCGCCCGUUGGAGCAGUAUGUCAAAAGGCUUGAAAUCCCUGUCAGAGUGGUCAGAAUGGAGCAGCGGUCUGGACUUAUUCGUGCUCGCCUCAAGGGAGCGUCUAUCUCCACUGGCCAGGUCAUCACCUUUCUGGAUGCUCAUUGUGAAUGCACAACAGGGUGGCUAGAGCCUCUGCUCGCCCGCAUCAAGCAAGACAAGAGAACGGUAGUGUGCCCCAUCAUUGACGUGAUCAGCGAUGAUACUUUUGAGUACAUGGCAGGAUCCGACAUGACUUACGGGGGCUUCAACUGGAAGCUCAACUUCCGCUGGUACCCUGUACCCCAGAGAGAGAUGGACCGCCGCAAAGGAGACCGCACGCUACCUGUCAGGACUCCCACCAUGGCAGGCGGCUUGUUCUCCAUAGACAGAGAUUAUUUUCAGGAGAUCGGCACAUAUGACGCAGGCAUGGACAUCUGGGGUGGAGAAAACCUGGAAAUCUCUUUUAGAAUAUGGCAGUGCGGUGGGACUCUAGAGAUUGUCACAUGCUCUCAUGUGGGCCACGUGUUCAGAAAGGCAACACCCUACACUUUUCCUGGAGGAACGGGACAGAUCAUCAACAAAAACAACCGACGACUGGCAGAAGUCUGGAUGGAUGAAUUUAAAAACUUCUUCUACAUCAUCUCUCCUGGUGUGACCAAAGUGGACUACGGUGACAUCACAUCUCGCACGGCUCUAAGACAAAAGCUUCAUUGUAAACCCUUCAGUUGGUACUUGGAGAACGUCUACCCUGACUCUCAGAUCCCCAGACACUAUUACUCACUGGGAGAGAUCCGUAACGUGGAAACCAACCAGUGCCUGGACAACAUGGCCAGGAAGGAGAAUGAGAAAGUUGGCAUUUUCAACUGCCACGGCAUGGGAGGCAACCAGGUUUUUUCUUACACGGCCAAUAAGGAGAUCAGAACAGACGACUUGUGUCUAGAUGUGUCCAAGCUAAAUGGACCCGUCAUGAUGCUCAAGUGCCAUCACCUCAAAGGCAAUCAGCUCUGGGAGUACGACCCUGUGAAGCUGACCCUGAUCCACGUCAACAGCAACCAGUGUCUGGACAAGGCCAGCGAGGAGGACAGCCAGGUGCCCAGUGUCAAAGACUGCUCACACACACGUUCCCAACAGUGGCUACUCCGCAACGUCACACUACCAGAGGUCUUCUGACCACACUCUGCACACUCCCAAACACACAUACUCACACACACAGCGGCCCAGAGUAAGCAAUCAGGGUGACAGACGUGUUUAUUAAAAGUGGGCACAAGGAAAGGAGAGACUUCCCAAGAGGGGAUUCGGAAAGAGAGGAGGAUGGAUUGGACGGUACUACCUCUGCCAGAGAUAAGAGGGAGGAGUGUGUUUGACCUUCAUCAGAGUGACAGAAGAGGAAAGACUCCCUCUAAGACACGAUGGCUGUGGUUUUACGUUGUUUUAAAGAGAUUUUAACUGCAGAGAGUGACUCACUCACUGGGCUCAAAUUAUGAGACUGGCCAGUGGAGUCAAGGUUUGCACUCGCAGCUUCCCUGGACAAAACAGUCCACCCCUCAACUCAUCAGUUAACGUUUACUCACUGCCUUUUAUGAGCGUGUGUGCACUUACGUGUGUGCGUGUGUGUGUGUGUGCAUGCGUGCGUGUGUACUCCUGAGAUGAAUGUAUGCUUUGAGAAGGGGGCUGAAUUCCUUGUUUUCCUUUUUUUUUUAAUUUAAUUUUGUAAUGAAUUUUAAAAAAUGAACUCUGAUGAAGAAGGGUGCGUGCGUGCGUGCGUGCGUGCGUGCGUGCGUGCGUGCGUGUGUGUGUGUGUGUGUGUGUGUGUGUGUCAGAGCCCCUCCUACAGUCCUGCAGCAGUGUAUGUCUCCCUCUGGUGUUUAUCCUCGGCAUCUCAUCCUACAGAUAAUCCUCUGCUGAGGAAUUUUGAAGGGCCUGCACCUUUUAAUAAAAAAACAAAAAAUACAAGAGGACCAAGCACGAGCACCCGACGUCUGCCAUCCGCAGAAAUGUAGAGAUAGAGAAAUAUGAUGUUUGUGAUAUCUUGAGAUUUCUAUGUCAAGUUUUUACAUGGCUUUGUUCUUACUGUGAGAGUGCAACAGAGCAGUAACCCUAGUCUGUCUGUCCGUCUCUGUUGUCUUUAAAGAUGUUUAACAUAGAGCUUACAGACACACACACACACACACACACACACACACACACACAAACACACAGGAUUCUACAUAUGUAACUAAUAUUCACUGCCUAAUGUAGUGUUAAACUAUAGGGAACUCCCCCAUAAGGCACUACGUAGUCACACACACAUCCUGUAUACAUAUAUGAAAAGGACGCACUAGCCUGAUACUUUAAUCCAUAUUGUCAUAUCUUCUUAAAAUAGACUCUUAAAAAUACACUCCAAGGGCUUCUUUCCUUCAGUGGAGUGUGUGGACAGAUGUGUGUGUGUGUGCGAGCAUGUGUCUUCAGUACUAAUCCCCAGUCCAUCAGCUCCCUGUUUACUAGGACAAACGGCUCCCAGGUUCCUAGCGGUUGGACAAACAGAGCCUGUAGCGUAGGCUGACGUCAGAUCAGCACAUACCUGCGUCGUUGUACAAAAGAGCAAAAGCUGCUUUUAUUUUCUAAACAUAGCUGAGUGUCUGCACUCUCCUAAGGACAUAUCUACAGUAGGAAAGGAAGCCUGGAAAGCUGUUAAAAAAUCAAAGAAACGUCACUGAGGUGAGUAAGGAGACUUUAUCAGACACAGAAUAAUAAUUGUAGAGAGCUGAAGGGAGUGAGGAGAUGAACUGUGGAUUACAACGAGCGCAGCAGCAGCAGACAUAUCUUAAUCCAGAACUACAUAUCUCACUUUGCAAGCUCACCCGCAGUAUUUCAUUAUUCAUAUCUCAAUGUGUCAUUUUCAUUUCAACCAUCAUGCUUUCUUUAUUCAGUUUUUUGUAUCACUGCUGCCAUUCAGAGCAGGAGAGAUGAUUGCAUAAAGGUUGUCACCAUUUGGGCUUCCUCCAGUGGAGAAGGUGUUUACACGGAGGACACUGGCUCAUCUUUGUUUUGGACAAGAUAGUCACAGGAGGCCGUUGACGGAUUUCAUGUCAGAGCAUGUGACUGCGUAGGGAAGAUAUGAAUGUUUUUUGAUUGUGAGAAAGAGGGAGUGUAACAAUUGUUCAGAAUUUGGUGGGGGGGGGGGUUGAGGGUUUGAAGUUUACUGACAUGUCUAGGCUUCCACGCUGAGCUGAUCCAAAUGUAGAAAAUAAAGGUGAAAAAGUUUACAGAA